CCGGCCUGAAGCUGGGCUGAUGACUGGCUGCUGUUCCCUAGUGGGAUCUGAUGCCCAGCUUCCCAGCUGCGGUAGGGACCGUCUCUGGCUGGACCUAGACCCCCUGGGCUCUGCCAACAUUAGCUCCUGAGACCAGGAGCUGAGAUUUAAGAGCGAGGACGAGGAGGGAAUCGGCAGCAAGGAGAUGAUGAGACCAUGGAUCCGGAUGGGACCGCCUCAGGAAUCUCUGGAGCUGAUGAACACCAGGGUCCUGGGCAGGGAGAAGCCCACGAGGAUCACAGCGGGUUGAAAGAGCAGGCAGAUAGCGAUCCUGAUGCUGUCAGGGGAAGUUUAAAUGUCCAGGAUGGCACCCAGCCAGGGGAGGAGCCAGCCACAUGGGCUGAGCCGGGGAGAGGCCACAGUGGGAGCUCAGAACAUAGGGCCCAGGAAAGAACCCAGCUGCGGCAGAAGCCCCACUGCUGCCCUGACUGCGGGAAGGCAUUCAGCUGGAGCUCCCACCUCAUUCAGCACCAGCGGGUUCACACAGGGCAGAGGCCCUACAAAUGUCCUGACUGCGGAAAGGGCUUCACCCAGAGCUCAGACCUCAUUACCCACCAGAAAACUCACACAGGCGAAAAACCCCACCGCUGCCACCAGUGUGGAAAGGGCUUCAGAGUCAGCUCGGGGCUGGCCCGGCACCGGCGGGUCCACACUGGGGAGCGCCCCUACAAGUGCCCUGAGUGUGGGAAGAGCUUUGGUCGCAGUUCCAACCUGCUGACCCACCAGCGCACGCACACAGGGGAGCGCCCGUACCAGUGUGGGGAAUGCGGGCAGUGCUUCAGCCUCAGCUCCACCCUUGCCAAGCACCGGCGGCUGCACACAGGGGAGCGCCCCUACACCUGUGCCGACUGCGGGCAGUGCUUCAGCCUGGGCUCCACCCUGGCACUGCACCGGCGCAGCCUGCACACGGGUGAGCGCCCCUACCAGUGCACUGACUGCGGCAAGCGCUUCAGCCGUAGCUCCAACCUGGCCACGCACCGCCGCAGCCUGCACACAAAUGACCGGCCCUAUAGCUGUGCUGAGUGCGGCAAAGGAUUUGGUCGCAGCUCAGACUUGCUGGCCCACCAGCGCAGCCACUCCGAGGAGCGGCCCUACCACUGUGCUCAGUGUGGCAAGGGGUUCGGCCGCCGCUCCAAUCUCCUGGCGCAUCAGCGCAGCCACACCGGGGAGCGGCCCUACCCGUGCGGGGAGUGUGGGAGGUGCUUCAGCCGGCGCUCCGACCUCGUCAGCCACUGCAGGACCCACACCAGGGAGCGGCCCUACCUGUGCGCCCAGUGCCCCAAGAGCUUUGGGCAGAGCGCCGACCUGCUAACCCACCAGCGCACCCACACUGGGGAGCGGCCCUACCGCUGCCACCAAUGUGGCCAGAGCUUCAGCCUCAGCUCCAACCUCCUGGCCCACCGCAGGGUCCACACCGGGGAGAGGCCCUACCACUGUGCCCAGUGUGGGAGGGGAUUCACCCGCAGCGGCAACCUCCUGGCACAUCAGCGGCGGCAGCACGCAGUGGGAGAGACCACAGGUGAUGGUGCCCGGGCUUUCUGCUCCAGCAGGUCUGAAGGCGGAUAUCCCUCCAGGCGUGGUGAGCCGAGGAUGAAGAAGGUGUCAAGGAAGAGCCAGAAUGAGAAGUACCGGCUGAAAUACAGCCGGCUGCGCCGGGCGGCCAAGGCCAUGGUGUUCGAGAAUGCAGCCCUGUGCGACGAGAUUGCCCGGCUGGAGGAGAAAUUCCUGCGGGCGAGAGAGGAGCGUCGAUUCCUCUUCACCAAGCUGCUGCAGCUGCAGGCGCUGUCAGCCGAGGAGGAGAGCCCGGCGGUGCCACUGGGGGGCAUCUCAGCAGGGUACAGCGUGGCACCGAUGCCUGGCCCAGAUGAGCCAGCGCCUGCGGGGAAGCGGCCCAAGAAGGGCAAGGAGAAUGGGCGUGCGGCCAAGCGGCGGGCAGCACCAGACAGGGGGGUGCGGCGGCUGGUGCAGCCAGUGCCGCUGGACCCUUCGGGCCGGCCUGUCUUCCCCAUCGCGCUGGGUGGGCUGACGGUCUACAGCCUGGGUGAGAUCGUGGCCGACCGGCCAGGCUUCCACGACGAGGGAGCCAUCUACCCCGUGGGCUUCUGCAGCACACGGGUCUACGCCAGCAUGCGGCGCCCUGACCAGCGCUGCCUCUACACCUGCCAGAUCAAAGAUGGCGGCGUGGGCCCCCGCUUUGAGAUCGUGCCUGAGGAUGAGCCGGGCAGUGCUCUGGCGGGCACCACGGCCGACACCUGCCAUGCCCAGCUGCUGGCGGCCAUCAGUGCUGCCCGGGGGCGGCCUUACCCUGAGCUGGAGGCAGCCGGGGCUGAUUUCUUCGGCUUCUCGCACCCAGCCGUGCACAAUCUGAUUCAGAGCUGCCCCGGGGCCCGCAAGUGCGCGGCCUACCGCUGGGUGCGCUUCGAGGUGUGUCGUCCCGGGGAUGGGCAGGUGCCCCAGGGGCUGCCCGACAACUGCGCCGCCACCGACUUCCAGUCCUUCCGCCGCCGCGCCCAGGAGGAGGAGGAACGGGACCGCGGAGGGGGCGGAGCUGGGGGGCGUGCACUAGGGCUGACCCCUGCCCAGGCCUUCACUUCCCCCUGCUCCUAUGAGGAGGUGUUCCUGAGCCGCCCUCUCGACGGGGAGGGGGACGGGAUAGCGGAGGGACCUUCCUGUGCCAGCCCCGGACACCUGGGUCCCGAGCCCAGCUCCCCUCCCCGCCAGGGUGUGCGCGGGGCGAGUCCCACUCUGCAGCCCCGGGGAUCGCCCCGGCCCGGCGGGGCAGGCGUCCCCGUUCCCAAACCCGACCUCGUGUCCCACAUGGAGCGAUGGGAAGAGCUGCAAGUCCCAGAUCCCCAGUGCUCCAAGGAACAGGAGAUGCCAAGAGGCACCCAUGAAGGUGCCGAGAUCCCGCGUAGACGCAAGGAAGAGACUUUGCAGCAUGAAAGGGAAGCAGCCAGAUGCAAAGGGAAUGUGUCCUGUAGACCCAAGGGGGGCGAUGGCUGGGUGGAAGGGCAGCAGGAUCCCGGACCUCUGGGUUCCAUUUGCGUGAAGAGUGGCAUGAGCGACGGGUCAGUGGGUGGCACCCCAAGCCCCAUCGCCUGCCCCAUGUGCGGGAAGGGCUUCAGCCGCAGGUCAAACCUCACGAAGCACCAGCGGGUCCACACAGGGGAGCGUCCCUUCUGCUGCACCCAGUGUGGGAAAUGCUUCAGUCAGAGCUCCAACCUCUGCCGGCACCAGAGCCUCCAUGCAGCAGGCGAGGGGCCCUGGUGCUGCCCCGAGUGUGGGGAGAGCUUCACAGGGAGCGCGGGGCUGGCCAGGCACCGAAGAACACACGCCAUAGGGGAGAGAUCCCACUUCUGCCACCAGUGUGGGAAAGGCUUUGCCAGCCACUCACUCCUGACCAUUCACCGGCGCAGCCACUCGGGGGAGCGGCCGUUCUCCUGUGCCCAGUGCGGGCGCAGCUUUGACCGCAGCUCCCUACUGGUGGAGCACCAGCGCACCCACACCGGGGAGCGCCCCUACCGCUGCCACCAGUGCAGCCAGGGCUUCACCCGCGCCACCCACCUCAGCCGGCACCAGCUAAUCCACCGUGGUGAGCGACCUCACGGCUGCCCCGAGUGUGGCCGGCGCUUCCGGCUUCGGGCUGCAUUAGUCAAGCACGUGCGGAGCCACACAGGGGAGCGACCCUACAAGUGUGCUGAGUGUGGGGUGGUCUUCGCCAGUGUCUCCUCCCUGGCCCGGCACCGCCAGAGCCAUGCCGGUGAGAAGCCCCACCACUGCCCCGACUGUGGCAAGAGAUUUGGGCAGAGCACUGCCUUCGCUGAGCACUGCCGCACCCACACUGGGGAGCGCCCCUACCGCUGCCUGGAGUGUGGCCGCGCCUUCGCCGGCAGCUCCAACUUCAUCCGGCACCAGAGAAUCCACACCGGGGAGCGGCCCUACCAGUGCCAGGACUGCGGCCGCACCUUCCGGGCCAGCUCCAACCUGGCCAGGCACCAGAGGACUCACCCCCAGGGGCUGGUGGUCACCGAGUGUGGAGAUACUCCCUUGCUGGGACAGGCAGGACAAAGCUAGGGUCACUGGGGGCAUAGGCCUAGGUGGAGCCGAAGGCCGUGGGGGGUUGGGGCCAUGGCAGGUGUAAGCUGAGAUGGUCAGGGCACAAGGCAGGAGCUGGUGGCUGGAUUCUCUGCAGCCCUGAGCCAAGCAGCACCCCAUGGAGCAGGAUCAGAUGGCUCAGACCAGAGCUCACCAGGGAAGGUGGCUCCUGCAUCUUGCCGCACCUGCCCUCUCUUCCCUGCCAUGGUGCUGAACUCUCCGUCCAGUAGGAAGCACCGUCUCCUAAAUGCUCCUCCCACCAUUACCACCACUUUAGGCCAGGCCUGCUGGGGCAGAGCUCUCUCCUUUCAUCACCCCAAGGAAGAUAGGGCCAGUGUUGACUCCUGGCUCCAGUCAGCUUCUCACAGGGCUGCGCCAUGGCGACAAACUCGGAGGUGCCCCAGGGGCAAUCCCACUCUAGGAGAGCGGCCCUUCUUUGCUGUAUGGACCAGUAUCAGGCAGGCUGGACCUGCCCUCAGUGCUGCAGUUCGCCCAGGGGAUGGACACACACACACACACACAAUAUGCCACUUGAGGCUGACUACGCAGCAGGUUUGUUUAUAUUAAAAACAAAAGCCCACAACCAGUUGUCGUGUUUUUUUGUUGUUACCAGGUUAAACGUGGGGUCAGCCGACACACUGAGCCCCGGAGCUGCCGGCUGAGCCAUGCUCAUCCUAGUUGCACUUUAUUUCACACUCUCCUAAACUGCACUCCCCCCCGCCCCGGAGUCACUGUGGCUGGCGGCACUGCCUGCAGACUCAGCAGACCGUGGCUUUCUCGAGGGUUAGCUCUGAAAUCUGGAAGGACCCUGUGCUCCUACCAAAGCCCUCAAUCCCAGAGCCCCCUGGGCCAGAGCCCCUGCACUUCGAUCUUCUGUAACGAAAGAGUCACAAAGCUCAGAGAGAGCAGAACCCAAUUGAAAAUCGAGGUAUAACUGCUCACCAAAUUUGUGGUCAGGAAGGAAUUUCCCCCCAGGUCAUGCUGGCAGGGGGGGCGCACCCCAUUCCUGGAAGUACUGGAAUAUCCAGUACUCUGGGGAGGUGUGAGUGACCACCCUAUCUCCCCGCAACUCUAACCCACUAGACCCCACUCCCUUCCCAGAGCUGGGAAUAAUUGGAUCGAUGGAGAUGGGGUCUGCUCCUGAAAUGGAAGCUAUGACAGGGAGCAUUUGUGGGGGGUUGCUCUUUCAGGGAGACAGUGUUAUAGGUGGCGUGGGGAGCUAGCUCCGGGGGUCUCUGGGGUCCUGGUAGGGUCUGGCUGGUACAUAGUUUUGGCUCAUUCACUCUGAACAGCUGUGGGGGAGAUCUGGGUCUGAGCCCCAUUCCAAUGUGGGAAGGAUCUGUUUGUGCUGAGGUUGGAAGGGAGCAGCUGAUCCAGUCUGGAUGAAUGCCAGGAUGCUGCUGGGGGAGGGACGAGCUGCUAACAUGUCAGACCCAGGAGACCAGUUAUGAUGUGUUGGGAACCUGAGCUGGGGAUGCCUGAGAAUUCACAGCAUCUGACAGCUCACUGUAUGGAUCACCACUGAAGAGACAUUCCUGUACCGCUUACUCCCAUCCCUCGACUGGGAAUAGACCCCAAAAGUUCUGACUCUGCCCCCCUCACCAUUGCCACAUUCUCUCAGUCGCUUUGACAGCGUGGGCUAGCGGCAAGGACACUGGCCUGGGAAUGACACCUGCUGAGUUGAGCAUUGAUGGGACUGUGAAUCAGACUGUUUUUUGUUCUUUUGGGAAAUCAAAUGACCAAGCAGCAGUUUGGAGAAGAGAUGUCUGCGUUAAAAUUGUUAAACAAUAACAAAAACCACCAAAGAAAGAAACAAACAAAUAAAAACUCAACCCAGAAGCAGGACUAAAAUGCAGGGAACUGCUUAUUGAAAUCGCAGGUCUUAUCAAUGGAAUAAAGAGAGAGAGAAAAAAACCCCAAGUAACUGAACCAGAGAGGAUUUAUGACAAGGUGCAAAUGAAGGAAGGACUGAAAAAUGUUACAAAGGAAAAGAAGUUUGGAAGAGAGUUUGGCAAGUAGAACACUGUAGAUGGGUCGGACUCACCCCUGCGGCGCCUCCUGCUGGUGACUCUGGGAAUUAGCUCAUUCCAGUGC